ACCCCAUAUAUAUAUAUACUCCCCAAUAACAUAAUAUUCAUUCAAAACUUAUUCUUGUUUAUCACAUUCAACAAACCCAUAAAUAAAAUCAAUAUACUUAUUUUUUUUCUUGAUAAUUUUUUAUAUAUAAGCUGUAAAAAUGAUUUCUUCAUGGAGGAGAAAGAGGGCGAAUCGAGGUGGUGCCAGAGGCGAAGGUGGUUCGAAGAAAAAACCGACGGAACUCAUAAUUCCGAAUCAUUUCCGGUGUCCGAUAUCGUUAGAUAUAAUGAAGGAUCCGGUGACUUUAUCGACGGGAAUUACGUACGAUAGAGAAAGUAUUGAGAAGUGGAUAGACGCCGGUAACGUAACAUGUCCUAUGACUAAACAAGUCUUGAAAUCUCUUGAACCUAUCCCGAAUCAUAGUAUUCGAAGUAUGAUUCAAGAUUGGUGCGUUGAGAAUAAGUCUUAUGGUGUUGAACGGAUCCCUACUCCUAGGGUUCCUAUCAGCUCGGAUGAGGUGGGAUCCGUCUUGGAGAAAAUCUCCAAAACACAGACCCCACAAGAGUGCCGAGAAUUAGUAGAGAAAAUUAGUAAAGAAAUGAAGCAAAGUGAGCGGAAUAAAAAGUGCAUUGUAGCGAAUGGAGUAGGGAAAACCCUAGCACUUGCAUUUCAAUCUUUCGCCGAUAAUGAGGACGAAAUCGUCAUUUCACUACUAGAGGAAAUUAUGAUUGUUCUUAGCUCAAUCACUCCUUUUGAAUCAGAAGCCGAGGUUAGCCUUAGGUCACCAAAAUCUCUAGAGCGUUUGGUUUGGUUUCUUAAGCGCGGAGAUUUAUCAAGAAGGCGAAACGCAAUUUUAAUCCUUAAAGAACUUAUUUCAAGCCAUAAAGAUGAUCAAGAAACGGUUGUUGAUAAAUUAACUGAAUCAGAAGAAGCAAUGGACGAAUUAGUCAAACUAAUUAAAGAACCCAUUUGUCUAUCCUCAACAAAAGCUUCUCUAGUAAUUAUAUACAAUAUGAUAACACCUUAUAUAAUAUCCUUAAACAAGGGUGUUAUCAUAGGGAAGUUUAUUGAAAUGGGUUUAGUGACAUCAAUUUUGGACAUACUUGUCAAUGCUGAUAAAAGCAUUUGUGAGAAAGCCCUAGGAGUCCUCGAUGGCCUUUGCCGGUCCGAAAAAGGCCGAGAGGCGGCUUACAACCACGCACUGACCGUGCCAGUAGUGGUUAAAAAGAUACUAAGAGUUUCCGAUUUAGCAACCGAGUUUUCGGUGUCUAUACUUUUCAGGCUUUGCGAAAACGAAAAAAGAGAAAAUGGUGGGGUUAUAGUUGAAGCUCUUCAAGUGGGUGCAUUUCAAAAAUUAUUGUUGAUUUUACAAGUAGGUUGGAAUAUCAAUGAGAGGACUAAAGAAAAGGUUACUAAAUUAUUGAAGCUAUUGAAUCUUUGUAGGGAUAAGGUUGAAUGCAUAGAAUCUACAGAUUUCAAGGAUUUGAAGAGGCCAUUUUAAUUAGACUGUGUGUUAUUAUAUAUUAAUCUCUUAAUGUUAUUGUACAUGAUAUUAAUUAGUGAUUUUAGCAUACAUUUUUGCAAAAAGUAGUGUACAAAUUAUACAAAAGUAGUAUACUAUAGGGUAUAAAUUUAAAUAUGGAUAUACCAUUCUUUCUUAAUUAGCUAAAUCAAUAUAUCAUACGAAUUGGGA